AUGUCAAGUACUAUUUUUUAUAAAUUUCGUUCUCAAAAAGGGACCUCGAGAAUUCUAUUUGAUGGUACCGGUAUAACGGUUUUCGACUUGAAGCGGGAAAUCAUCCAGGAAAACCGAUUGGGAGAUGGGAUGGACUUUCAACUGCGUCUUUACAACCCUGAUAGUGGUGAGGAACUCGAAGACGACUCGUACGUGGUUCCGCGGUCGUCGAACUUGGAGGUGAGGAGGUCGCCGGCAAUAAAAGUCAAUGGAUUGAACGGUCGCAUAUCACUCGGAAACGCCACCAGAUACGUUACCGGAAAGCCUAGAGUGAUGAAAACAAUGAACAGUCUACCAUCCGCGACUUCCCAGAUCUCGACGAAGGGCAUGAACGAAGACGAUGCCAUUGCGAGCAUGUUUGCAAACCAAGAAAAUCAAUGGCAACAAACGCAACAAGAGAUGUCCAGCGCAACGCCUAUCUUCCACAGGACUGGCGCUGUUGCCGGUCAAGACGAUGGACCUCCACCACCUGGCUAUAUGUGUUACCGUUGUGGUGGUAAAGACCAUUGGAUAAAGAAUUGUCCUACAAACUCAGAUCCUAAUUUUGAAGGCAAGCGCAUACGCAGAACCACGGGUAUUCCAAAGAAGUUUCUUAAAUCAGUUGAUGUUGACCCCUCGACUAUGACUCCGGAGGAAAUGGCCCAACGGAAAAUCAUGGUCACAGAUGAUGGCAGUUUUGUAGUUCAAGUUGCAGACCAGCACUCCUGGGAGGAUUAUCAACGGAAACAACAAUCGCGCGCCUUGAACCAAGACAAUGCCAUAUGGAUGAAGGGCCAUUUCUCAGAUUUACCUGAAGAUUUGAAAUGUCCUAUUACUGGGGGGCUUUUGAAAAGUCCAGUCAAGACUAGUAAAUGUUGCAAGAAACAUUUUUCGCGGCAAGCGCUAGAAGACUUACUAGUGGAGAAUGAUUUUGUAUGUCCAGGCUGCAAUGCGGAAGAGACUUUGCUGGAUUCUUUGAUACCCGAUGAGGACAAAGAGAAGCAAGUACAGAAAUUCUUGGACGAGCAUAGUGUAAAGCGUAAGGACAAUGAUGAAGAAGGCGGCGCUACCAAAAAACCUAAAGUAGCUAUGCCUGUGCCACCUUUUGGCAUGCCAUUCCCGAUGUUCCCAAUGCCAUUUCUGCCGAAUAUGAAUCCUGCAAAUAAGUAA